GAGAGCAGAUCAUUUCGAUUUGUUUACUCAAAGCAAAAUGAAGUUCACCAUCGUUUUCCUCCUGCUGGCCUGUGUAUUCGCCUUGGCCAUGGCCACUCCCGGCAAGCCAAAACCAUACAGCCCCAGGCCCACCUCCACUCCUCGUCCCAUUCGGGUGAGACGCGAAGCCCUGGCCAUCGAUGAUCAUCUGGGAUUGGUCCAAGCUGCCGCCGCCAUUAGGCCUCCUCCCAUUCUACCCGCUUAAGGAUCUGGAAACACUUUGGGAAUAAAAAGAAAUUAAUAACAGCAGCCUAUGAAAAUAUUUUCGUUUACCUUCAAAAGAACUUUUAAAUCAUAUCUCUCACUGUUUUGCAACAAUUAAUAAAUGCCUACAUAAUAAUGUUUUUUAAUAACUAAUUUUAAAAGUAUAUUUCCAAAUAAAAUAUAAUACCCAUGAAAAACAA